UACAGUCUUAUGUAUAAUACAAGAAAUUCACAAAAGUCUAAUAAAAUUACUGUUAUCUAUUACUGUUGCUAUAGUUGCAUUCUUGUUUAUACUUAUGUAUAACCAUCUUUUCUCUGCUUCAAGAUAUUAUUUACAUUCAGUGCAGAUUUCAUUAAAUGAAGAGCAAUGACGAGAAAGAGAAAUGUUCUGACAGUUUUAUUGACAUACCAUGUGAAUCGAUACCCAAAUUUACAGAAAAAUUAUCAGUGGAAUCUUCACUGUCUCAACAAUUGGCAAAAGCACAAAGGAUAUUAAGAGAUUAUUCGCAGACUGAAAUCGCAUCAUGUAAACAAUUAUAUAGACAUGAGAAAUUCUUGGAGGACAAUGAAAGUAAAUGUACGAUACAUCAUGUAAAAAGUUCAAUGAAACAAAAAAGGAAUUUGCAAUGUAGUUCUGUUUGUAAACAAGAACUUUUUGACUUAUCUCAGAAUUAUGUUAAGAAAUAA